ACGCCACACAACCUCUGUCUAAUGACAAUAGUACCCUUCCUUAUGUAACCAUCAUUCCUAAACAUUUUCCUAACCAAAAACAUCCAACCCACGUAUCGGAUUCAAUUCCUCCUUAAAUUUCCAUCAUCGUCAACACUUUCAUAACUAAUGAGGUAAAUAACUUAAAAAAUCCAACAUGACAUUUUCGUAAAUUACUAUAAACCACAGAAGGAUUAGUCACUAGUCACACCCCCUACAAAUAUCUCCCACCUCUUCACAACACACACUGUCAAAGUCCGAAGCCCGAAGCCCGCCACAUAACCCAAACCAUGCACUCCGUCACCGCGCAAACUCUUCCACCCGCGUGGGGUUCUAGAAGUUUCCACCGCCGACAGCACCGCCACCUAGUCCCGCCGCCGAAUGCCGCGGCGCUAAAAGCGCGAAGGACCCACUCAAUGCCGGCGGAAAAGGUGGAGGUGUUCAAGUCGCUGGAGGGGUGGGCCUCGCAGUGGGUCCUCCCGCUGCUGAAGCCCGUGGAGCAAUGCUGGCAGCCUCAAAGCUUCGUCCCGGACUCGUCGUUGCCGUACGAAGAGUUCAGCGAUCAGGUGAAGGAGCUCCGCGAACGCACCAAGGAGCUACCCGAUGAAUACUUCGUGGUGCUCGUCGGUGACAUGGUCACGGAAGACGCGCUACCCACUUACCAGACCAUGAUCAACAACCUCGACGGGGUCAGAGAUGAGUGCGGCACCAGCCCAAGCCCGUGGGCCGUCUGGACCCGGGCCUGGACCGCAGAAGAAAACAGACACGGGGAUUUGCUCAGAACUUAUUUGUACCUUUCCGGUCGAGUUGACAUGUCCAUGGUCGAGAAGACCGUCCAUUACCUCAUUAGUGCUGGCAUGGACCCAGGAACGGAGAACAACCCGUAUUUGGGGUUUGUGUACACGUCAUUCCAAGAGCGAGCGACGUUUGUGGCGCACGGGAACACGGCUCGGCUAGCGAAGGAGGGCGGGGAUCCGGUGCUGGCGCGCAUAUGCGGGACCAUCGCUGCGGACGAGAAGCGGCACGAGAACGCGUACUCGAGGAUCGUGGAGAAGCUUCUAGAAGUGGACCCCUCGGGCGCGAUGGUGGCCAUAGGGGACAUGAUGGAGAAGAAGAUCACGAUGCCGGCGCACCUUAUGUACGAUGGGGAGGACCCCAAGCUAUUCGAGCACUACUCCGCGGUGGCCCAGCGUUUGGGCGUGUACACGGCCAAUGACUAUGCUGACAUUAUGGAGUUUUUGGUCGGACGGUGGAGAUUGGAGAAGCUGGAGGGUUUGACGGCUGAGGGAAAGAGGGCGCAGGAUUACGUGUGUGGGUUGGCGCCCAGGAUUAGGAAGUUGCAAGAGCGGGCCGAGGAGCGAGCGCGUAAGAUGAAGCCUCACGCCGUUAACUUCAGCUGGAUCUUCAAUAAACAACUGCUUUUGUAAAGUCAGUGGAAUUGGUCAACGUCAUGCUACGAGGUUGUCCAAGUGACUUAUGAUGAGUUUUGUUGGUUGGUGGUACUUAGAAUAACCAAAUAACAUGGAUUGCGUGUAAUGGGCAUUGUUGGAUUUGAUCCAUGGUUGUUCUAGUGGAUACAAAACCAGUAGGACUUUUGCUCUCUGUGUAAUGUUUGGCUUAGCUUCCUGCUAUUUAUUUAUUUUAAUUCUGCUAGUUAAAAUAACUUAUUUUGUAAUUAAUUUCUGUAUCGGGUAAUAAUUAAUAUACUAAUAGUAAUACCA